CUAGCGUUGAAAGACAUACGGCUGGUUGUGGAGCCUGGCCAGCGUGUUGCUAUCUGUGGUCGUUCUAUUAGCGGGAAGUCGUCCCUGAUACUGCUUCUACUGGGCUUACUCGAGCCGUUACCAAGCACGAGCUCCAAUUCCAUCUUUAUUGAUGGACUCGAAGCACUUACUGUCAAACAAGCUGUGUUACCAGAACGUAUUAUCACUGUUUCUCAAGACCCUAUCUUUCUUCCACCCAGAACAUCAUGGCAGGAAAACCUAGAUCUACUCGGGACCUGGACGGCGACAGAAAUACAUUCAGUUCUGGAAGACAUGAACCUUUGGCCUUUGGUCAAUAGUCAAGGCGGACUAGAAGCAGCUGUGAAACCUGGGGAACUCAGCCCGGAUCAGAAACAGCUAUUUAGCGUUGCUCGAGCGGCUUUGAGA